AUGGUGUUCUUCAGAAGCGUUUCUCUGCUUUCCAAGCUGCGUUCUCGUGCUGUUCAACAGCCUAGUCUCAGCAACUCCGUGCGCUGGCUUCAAAUUCAGACCUCCACUGAUCUUGGCCAUUGCCAGAGCAUUGACGCCUUGGCUGCACUUAUGAAGUCCAAAGCAGUUCAAAAGUUUUAUAAGGAAAUUGCAAGAAGUGAGUUCAGGCAAGCCCAGGUCACCAGAAGUGUCCAAGAGAAGCGAGCUUUGCGAAAGCAAAGAUUAAGCAUCCAAGGCGAACGCUUCCCAUUUAAGCGAAAAAGCGAAUCCUGUGAGGCGUUAGCGCAGUGUUCUGUUGAAACCAUAGACUUAACAAAGUGUUGUUUUCAUCAGGACCUUCAUUCUCAGCUGAAGGAAUUUAUUCCUGAACAGCAGGAGCGCCUUAAAAAAAUAAAGUCAGAAUAUGGAAAGGUUCAGCUGGGGAACAUCACUGUUGAUAUGGUACUUGGUGGGAUGAGAGGAAUGACAGGGAUGCUGUGGGAAACCUCAUUACUUGACCCAGAUGAGGGGAUUCGCUUUCGGGGUAUGUCUAUACCUGAAUGCCAGAAGUUAUUACCGGCAGCAAGGCCUGGUGGAGAGCCAUUGCCUGAGGGUCUUCUCUGGCUUCUUUUAACCGGAAAGGUACCAACUAAAGAUCAAGUAGAUGCAUUAUCGAAGGAAUUGCGAAGUCGUGCUGCUGUCCCAGAUCAUGUUUAUAAAGCCAUUGAUGCCUUACCUUCUAGCGCUCAUCCUAUGACUCAGUUUGCAACUGGUGUCAUGGCUCUUCAGGUUGACAAGCUAAAAAUUCUGACAGUGACCAAACAAACUAAAUGUGUUGACAAUUCUCUUUUGAUAAAGAGCACCCUGGGUAAAAUGGGGUCACUCUGGGUGGGUGCUAUGCUGUCUGUUGGAAAAUAUUUUGCUGAUCCAGCUGCAUUUUUGAAACCUUUGGCAAGUGGGGACUGGCUUACCAACUGUGUGAAGUGUCUCAAGGGCGUUCAAAGUGAGUUUCAGAAGGCAUAUGAGAAUGGGAUUCAUAAAUCAAAGUACUGGGAGCCAACCUAUGUGGACUCUCUUAAUUUGAUCGCUCAAGUACCAGUUGUAGCUUCAUAUGUCUACCGCAGGAUGUACAAGAACGGACAAGUUGUACCCAUGGAUGACUCCCUAGAUUAUGGUGCUAAUUUUGCACACAUGCUUGGUUUUGAUAGUCCCGACAUGCUAGAGCUUAUGAGGCUUUAUGUCACCAUCCAUAGUGAUCAUGAAGGUGGAAACGUUAGUGCUCACACUGGUCACCUAGUAAGUGACUCUAUCCUGGUUGCUAGUGCCCUUUCAGAUCCUUACCUUUCAUUUGCUGCAGCAUUAAAUGGUUUAGCUGGACCACUCCAUGGGUUGGCUAAUCAGGAAGUUUUGCUAUGGAUCAAAUCUGUGGUGGAUGAAUGUGGAGAAAACAUUACCACCGAGCAGUUGAAAGACUAUGUCUGGAAAACAUUGAAGAGUGGCAAGGUUGUCCCUGGAUUUGGACAUGGAGUUCUGCGUAAAACAGAUCCAAGAUACAUGUGCCAGAGGGAGUUUGCAUUGAAGCACUUACCUGAUGACCCACUAUUUCAGCUGGUUUCAAAGCUUUAUGAUGUGGUGCCUCCAAUACUUACAGAACUUGGCAAGGUUAAGAACCCAUGGCCCAAUGUCGAUGCCCACAGCGGGGUGUUGCUGAACCAUUAUGGUCUUACUGAAGCAAGAUAUUACACUGUCCUCUUCGGUGUAUCAAGGUCUAUUGGAAUUUGCUCUCAGCUCAUAUGGGACCGAGCUCUCGGAUUGCCACUUGAAAGGCCAAAGAGCGUUACGAUGGACUGGCUUGAAGAUUACUGCAAGAAAUCGGCUUAA